UUGAAGCUCCAUUCCUCAACCCCUCCCCUUCCUCUAGUCAAUAGUCAUCCUCUUCAACUCUGGCCCACCAUUCCUUUUCUCAUUCCAAAGUAGAAAACUUGAAAAAGUCAUCUCUUCUUUCAAUUUUAAACCCACUAAUUUUACAAACCAAAAUCCCAAAAUCCCAAAAGAAAGAUUACAAAUUUCAAGUCUUUAUCACUCAAAAUCAAAAUUACCUACAAACAAAGACUCAUUUAAAGAUCAUCACAAUCCUCAAUUUCAGAUUAAUUUGAUGAUCUAGUAAUGGCAAUUGUUGAUCAAAGAUCUGAAGGAGGAGGCAAAGGUUGGAGCCUUUUUAAGUUCCCAUUUCACAAUAAUGGUGAAGCCUCCAAUUCUCAUCCUAUUCCACCAUCUGUUUCUUCUGUUGCUAGAUCUUUACUCCCUACACGACGUCGUCUUCGUCUUGAUCCUUCCAACAAGCUCUACUUCCCCUAUGAACCUGGCAAGCAGGUUAGGAGUGCCAUAAAGAUUAAAAAUACAAGCAAGUCUCAUGUAGCUUUUAAGUUUCAAACAACUGCACCAAAAAGCUGUUUUAUGCGUCCACCGGGAGCUAUUCUUGCUCCUGGUGAGAGCCUCAUAGCAACGGUUUUUAAGUUUGUGGAGCAUCCAGAGAGCAAUGAAAAACCUUUACUAGAGCAGAAGAGUAAAUUGAAGUUCAAGAUCAUGAGCCUAAAGGUGAAAGGACCGAUGGACUAUGUUCCUGAAAUGUUUGAUGAGCAGAAAGAUCAAGUGGCCAUUGAGCAAAUCCUGCGUGUUGUUUUCCUAGAUGUAGAGCGUCCUAGUGCUGCUUUCGAAAAAUUAAAACGUCAAUUAGCGGAGGCUGAGGCAGAGCUGGAAGCACGCAAGAAGCCACCGGAGGACAAUGGACCGAAGAUAAUCGGUGAAGGACUUGUUAUUGAUGAAUGGAAGGAACGGAGAGAAAGAUACCUUGCUAGACAGCAGGUAGACGGGGUCGACUCUGCAUAAACGCAGAAGCAUCCUUUUUCCACCCUUCCCGGGUGUUUUAACGGAGUAAAUCUUUCUGAUUCCUAGAACUUCACAUAGACGAAUUUGGAUCCACCGAGUAUUGUGUAAUUGUAGCUUCAACUAGGAUUGUACUAUAAAAUGAGAAAACAUUGCCAUUGAGUGUUAAAAGGCUCGUGUUUGUGAAGGGCAAGGAUACCAUCCUUCACAUGUCGACUUGUGAUUUACUUGUAGAUAAAUUGUAGUUUGAUCUACGGAGAAACAAAUUCCGGGGGUGUAACCGUGUAAGAAUGUAAUCCAACUAAAUAUACCUCGUGCUUCUUUGGUUACGUUGUUUUGAAUCAAGAUUGCUUUGUUGUGUGAA